AACAGCGACGAAGCUACUUCUCCAUCGACCGAUGACGAUGAAGAUAACACGGACGAAGAAGGUACUGGUCUUUCCGUUGAUGAAGAGACAAACACCAUCAACGACGACAGGUGUUGAUGGUUUGGACGAUAGCACUGAUGAAAAUGGUACUGAAGAAGACAUCGGCGAGGACAGUCCUGAUAGUUUGGACGAUGCCAAUGAAGAUGAAACUGGCGAUUCCACUGAUGACGACCUGGAAAACGGUGACAACAAAGAAGUUAGUGACGAAGAGCCGGCAGAUGAUGAGGAAGGUUUUGACACAAACGAUAAAGAAGAUACUGCAGCUGAUGCCGACAUUGACAACGAUGAUGGAGCUGACGUUGAUGACGACACUGAGGAUGAUGGACUCAAAACCGGAUAAGGAAGACGAUGUCAAACUACCUCAAACUGGAAGCGACAGUGAUGACAUUGAUGAAGAUCCUUUGGAUAAGGAGGAAGUUGUCCCCACCAAGUACACCGGCACUUCCGACAUGGAAGAUGACAAGGCAUCGGAAGCCAAUACAGCUGAUGAUAACGAUGCCGACAGCACAGGGUUUGGAACAACUAAAACUAUUCCUCCUACUGGAUAUGUUAAAUAUCAAGGUGCACUUCUCAUCGCUGGCGUUGGCAUUGUUGGACUUUUGGUUGUUAAGCGAUCUCGCGAUACUAUCGUUCAGGGCGUGCAAAAGCUUACUGGACGUCAGAGCCCUCAUGGAAAUUACAGCCACUUACCAUUGAACACGACAGAUGGAGUUGCCGGUAGUCAAAAUUUAUCGAAUACCACUUCGGAAUGGGCCGUUGAUAUGUCACCAGCCAUCGAUGAGGCACCGGAAUCUAAACCGGCGACUCGAGGCUUAAAGCUGGCAGGAACCAAGAAGACCACCAAUACGAAACCAAACUCCAUCCCUAUGAAGCCGGUCAAUGACCGCAAGAGCCAAGAGUGGGCAGACUGGAAAGAAGAUGAAGAGGAUUGGUAGAUCGAUCUUAUUUACUAUAUUUGAACAAGCAUAGGCAAAGUACUCUU